UGAAAAUAUGUUGAUUAUGAAAUGCUGAGACCCUGAGAGCACAUAACAAUUCGGCAGCUUCUUUCUAUUCCCGCAUUUUCACGCACAAUUAAUUUUUGACCCAGCGCAAGUUCGUUUGCCCAAGUCUUUUGUUUUGGCAGCUUUUAAUGGAGCGAUUUGUGGUCGGAAAAGUGUGUUAAAUAGCUAAUUUUCACAAAUUUUUUGGUCCAAUCAGGCUGUGCGAUCUAAGUAGAUCUCUUUUAAAAGUGAAGCUGAGAUGGAAAACCCGAAUCAGUUGUCUUCUGAAAUUCGCGAAAUGCUGAACAUAGUUGUGUGGUUUUCCCUGUCGUUGAUAAGUCUGUCCUGGGCUCAAGGAUCGCGUUCCUAUCUUCCACCACCACCCCCAUCGAGUCCAGCCAUGGAGCCCAUCAUAACCAAACAGUUCUAUAGCAUCUCACCCGCCGAAGAUCCCGAGGAUUCGGAGCCCAAAACAAGGCACUUGGUCAUCGGACAGCCGCGCAGGAAUUACAGAGUGAUUUUUAUUCGAGCGCCGGGAUCAAAUAGUCAGCCUGUGAAGUACACGGCGGAGUUGGCGCCCCAGGAAGAGCGAACUGUGAUCUAUGUUUUGACCCGGAAGCAACAGGAACUGGAGGCCACAGACAUUGUAGCGCCGCAGGAAAAACCGCAGGCCGAACAGAAGCCGGAUGUGUUCUUCAUCAAAUAUAAAACGAACGAUGAAGCGGCUGCUGCUCAAAAGGAAAUCCAAACGCAGUACGAUCAACUUGGCGGAAAUACGGAAAUAUCUGCACCCUAUGUGGCACCCAUUAAAUCGGUGGUUGGCGCUCUAAGUACAUCUCAAUAUCAAGCAGCUACUUACCAAGUUCCAGGCCAAUCGACUGGAUAUCACUACGAUAGACCCAUCUCUACAGUUUUGGCGCCAGCGGAACGAUAUUUCUAAAUCUCCGCUUAUAUCCGCCACUGCUCGUUGAAUAUUCCAUGCUAUUUGCAUCUAAUUGAUAAGCCAUUUCCACAAACGUAUUUAUCACAAAUCUUGGCGAACGCGUAAAUAAAAAUGGCUUCUUUUACCAGCUUUUUUGUUGUACAUAAUUUUUGCAAGUUUUUUUUAUCUGAUUUGCGAUUUAUGUAUAAAGAUAUUGGCAAAAGUGCUUUGACCCUGUGACAAAAGCGAGGAAGGAAUUCAAAGAGGUUUUGCAAACGGCUUAU